CGGCCAAACGGAACAUUUUUACUCUCAGAUAAUCGAAGUUUGGUGUAAGCAAAGGUUCUAGUAGAAGAAAUCCAGCCAAAUGCGACAGAGAAAUAUCGGUUACCAUGUCCUAUUCAUUGGACUCUUGUUGCAGGGUCAGAUACUGGACGGUGUUCUAUCUGCUAUCUACACAAGGCGAUUAUGUACUGGAGAGCCAGCUCUGAAACCACUGUCUUUUCAUUCCUGUCCCAAUGAAUCUGCAAUAUUCACAUGUAGUGACAGCCAGGUGUCUGUCAUUAAAUGGGAGGUGGAACCUUAUACAACGAGAGGUGGUGAUCUGACUUAUGUUGCAUCACAACUAAUGGCUGAACCAGGACUGCUUACAAUGAAUAGUACCGACAAUAUGCUCCACUCAACUCUUGUACAUUUCGAUAGAAUUGAUGAGAAUUUUGCAAACAUGACAUCAACUCUAACAGUGCCAAUGUCUGGCGUGAGAAAUGGAACAAAUGUCACUUGUAUCACUUUAGUUGGGAAUGAUGAGUGUAACAUGACUGCUACCAUCUAUGUUGCAGGUUGAUGUGCCUAAAUCUAUUAAAGCAGGUGUUGUAAACCAAGGGAAGAAGGCAUACUUCACAGCAGUACUAGAGCUAGGAGAUA